CUUGUGAAGCAGCAUUCACUAAUCAGCACCAAGCUACAGGGGGACUUUUCUGAGAUGCGGCUAACUUUCAUUCAACCACAUUCCUCAGGGACACUCCUGGUGUUGCUGGUGUCAAACCUGGUCCUGUGGGAGAAUGUGGCCUCUAUACGUUUAUGCCCCAGCUGGGAUAGUUCCUGCCAUGGGACCCUCAAGAACAUGUUCGAUUAUGCCCUGAGUCUGUCUUCUGAACUCCAAAACCAAACUGUGCAAAUGUUACAUGACUUUUUGCAGGAUAUACAAUACACACCAGGCAGGUGGUACCUUGAUGGGGCCCAAAGCAGCUGUCACACUUCCACCUUUGCUAUUCUGCUAACGGAAGAGGAAACUGGACAGAUGCAAAGUGCUUUACUUCUACAAGAGAUACUCACUAUGUUGGGAGCUUGGAAUGAUCCUCUGAGUCAUGCAGUGACUGAGCUGAGUAGAAUGGAAGAAGCCCCGACUGCAAUCAUAGCAAAAGCCAACAUUGUAGAUACAGCAAUGAGGGGACUUCAAGAAGGCAUUAGGAGAAUACUUGGCACGGUGAAUCCUAGAUUCAGAGAAGUUGCAGAGUACCCUGUCUGGAAGGGACUGGCAUCCUUGCAGUCACCUGAUGAAGACCUUCGUGUUUUUGCUUUUCAUAACCUGUUUCAGUGCCUGAGCAGAGACUCACGGAAGAUUAAUGGUCAUCUAAAGCUCCUCAAGUGCCGGUUUGUCUAUGACAGAGAUUGUUAGCUUCAUGCCCAUUUAAUUUUGAUAUGAUUGUUAAACAUCUUUUUGUUUGGAAAUUUGUCUUUUAUAACUUUUGGAUAUGAUGAAUUGUUUUAUCUUGAAUAAAAGCUGACUCUUUAAAAAGA